UUCACUUUCGACUCCUCCCGCAAGAAAAAUAGUAGGCGGGGGUAUGUACCUAAACAGAUGGGAUGAGAGCAUUGUCUUUAAUCUGUCACUGUUACCUCUGCAUGGAGACAUGCGGACGAUUUUCCUGCAUUUAUAGACCCAGAUUAAUAUUGUCAGAAGAAGACAUCGCCAGGUUUUGAUGCAAUAACGUUUAUACUUUCGAGGAUUCCCUUUGUUUCCAUGCACUCGGUCACCCGGUUGCUGGAGAGACGGCGGAGCUGAAUCGGUCAAUAAUUUCGUCUCGCAAACCGAUCUGUCGCUGGCUGGCGAAGGGGACAUAUAUAUCUGAGAAUCUCUCUGGUGACGGCCAUCAGAAGAGAGACAUCGGUGGCAUCAUACCACAAAUCGCAUAGGUGGACAGGACACAGGGGCGAAGGGAGAGACAUUAAUCAGCAGUGUAUUUCUACACAUCCUGCAGCAAUGCCGGGGUUUGAUUACAAGUUUCUGGAGAAACCGAAGAGACGGUUUCAAUGUCCCUUAUGCAGUAAAGCCAUGCGAGACCCUGUUCAAGUUUCUACGUGUGGCCACCGAUUUUGUGACACCUGUCUACAAGAAUUUUUAAGUGAGGGGGUCUUCAAGUGCCCAGAGGACCAGCUGCCCCUGGACUAUGCCAAGAUCUACCCUGACCCAGAGCUGGAGCAGCAGAUCCUGGCUCUGCCCAUCCGCUGCAUCCACAGUGAGGAAGGCUGUCGCUGGACCGGACAGAUGAAGCAGCUCCAGGGUCACUUCUCCACCUGCGCCUUCAAUGUGAUCCCCUGCCCCAACCGCUGCUCCAUCAAGCUGACGCGCCGUGACCUGCCCGACCACCUGCAGCACGACUGCCCCAAGCGCAAGGUCAAGUGCGAGUUCUGCGGGAGCGAGUUCACCGGGGAGGCCUAUGAGAACCAUCAGGGUAUCUGUCCCCAGGAGAGUGUGUACUGUGAGAACAAGUGUGGUGCGCGGAUGAUGCGCCGCCUCCUGUCCCAGCACAGUCUGGCUGAGUGUCCCAAGCGCACGCAGCCCUGCAAGUACUGUGGCAAGGAGUUUGUCUUCGACACCAUCCAGAACCAUCAGUACCACUGCCCUCGGUUUCCAGUCGCAUGUCCAAACCAGUGUGGCACCCCCAACAUAGCCCGGGAGGACUUGGCCAAUCACGUGAAGGAGAACUGUGGCAGUGCCCUCAUCCUCUGCCCCUUCAAAGAUGCCGGCUGCAAACACAGGUGCCCAAAACUGGCGAUCGGGCGUCACCUGGAGGACACGACCAAGUCCCACCUGACCAUGAUGUGCAGCCUGGUGGGGCGCCAGCGGCAGGAGAUCCUUGAGCUGCGGAGGGAGAUGGAGGAGCUGUCAGUUAGCAACGAUGGAGUGCUCAUCUGGAAGCUCAGCGAUUACUCCCGGAAACUCCAGGAGGCCAAGCUUCGGAACAACCAUGAGUUCUUCAGCCCGCCCUUCUACACCCAUCGCUACGGCUACAAGCUGCAGGUGUCUGCGUUUCUCAAUGGUAACGGGAGUGGGGAGGGCUCGCACCUGUCUAUCUACAUCCGGGUGCUGCCGGGGGAGUACGACAACCUGCUCGAGUGGCCCUUCUCAUACAAGGUGACCUUCUCCAUCAUGGACCAGAGCGACCCGUCGUUGUCCAAGCCCCAACACAUCACAGAGACCUUCAACCCUGACCCCAACUGGAAGAACUUCCAGAAGCCGUGCAGCACCCGUAACUCGCUGGAUGAGAGCACCCUGGGCUUCGGCUACCCCAAGUUCAUCUCCCACGACGAGAUCAAGAAGAGGAACUAUGUCCGAGACAACUCCCUCUUCCUCAAGGCUUCCAUAGAGAUCCCCCAGAAGAUCAUGGCCUGAGGGAUAGCUGGUUUUGGUUUAUCAGGAGGGACGGGAGGGUGAAAGACAGGCUUGAGACUGAUAUGACACUUACCUUGAGAACUUCUCCACACUUAUUCUUUAGACACUGACUGACUGUCCAUAUCCAUAUAGCCACUCCACUGUAGGAGCUGCUUGUCUGUUGGCUUGUGUUGGAGGACUGGACUAGAGGAUCCCGCUAUAUUUAAAUGGUAGAGAGUUCUAAGUGUUAGGUCUGCAGAAACCAUCACUCUCUGAUUCUUAUUUGUAAAUGUUUAUUUUCUAACAUUUUUCUUCUCAAUCUGCAACAAAAAGCCUUGGAAAUCGACAGUGCCUAGAAAGUUUAUUUUAAGUUAUAUUUUGUUGUUUUUCUACAGCACAGAUGUAAAUAUUAAGAAAUGAUUGAGAGAUGUUCUGGGGCUGGAAGGCGUUCUUAAGCCUUUGCACUUAGAAAUAAUGUUUGGCUCUGGUUCGAACCAUCCCAUCUAAUCACGAGCGGUCCAAAGAAUAGGGCAAAGCUCAGGCUAGUGGAAGAAGCUCAUCACACUCUCAAGCCCAACUGCCGUUUGUUUACAUGCUCUUAUAGUAUCUCCCACUGAUCCUUUAACAAAUUCAAAGCUCUUGGUUAGCAAAUUUGAGAUUGCUGUUAAGCCCUUUGUCAGCAAACAAUAUUACAGCUGUGAAUUAAGUGUGUUUCUUCUUGUCACUCUUCUAUCACUCUUUGUCUACAAUUCGUAAUUUGGCACAUUCUAUAAUGCUUAGAAGGAGAGGAUCAUGAUCUUUAGACAAAAAACAAUUUGUCACAGGCAGAUUUAUAAGCCUCUAAAAUACAUCUCCUGUGGGGUCCUGAGAAGAUAGAUACAGUAGAUGGGUUCCUAUACUUUGCUGGUCAAAGAUGCUAAUGUACAGUAUGACGGUCUUUGAAUGGGUAGAAUUGAAUCCACUCAGUCCUGUCAAGGGGUGAUAUGGUACAUGUGCACUAAAGUGUGAAGGGAAAGCCAUGAGGUCUUGGUAUGUAGGUUGGGGAGAGAUGAGCUCAAGACAUCAACAGAAAAACAUGCAUCUGUCAAUGCGAUACAACGUGGACCACAUUUGUGUACUGUAACCUGUAUUCUUGAAAUCUUCUCCCUUGAUACUGAGAGCUUUUUUGCAGUGGAGGAACUGUUAAACGGAACCAAAUUCUUUUUAUAUUUGAAAAAUGUGAGCAACAUUUGUGAAUAAUGUGUCAUGGACAGAAAGACAUUGGAGUAAAUUAUCUUAACGGAGGGCUGUGAACUGAAGUGCAUUCAUUGUUUUUACUCAGCUCAGGUGGGCAUAGGGGCUGUUUGAAAGAUGCUUUUUGCCUUGAUCCUCUCCUGAGAAUGACGUGUGGGUGCCUUGGAAAAGACUGCAUCUUAAUAGUGUGGCGCUGCUUGUUACCAUGGCCACCAGCGGGCAUCUUCACUUCAGCACGUAAGCUUGCCAUAAGGAGAGGUUGAAGAGGAGCAGCCAUGUGCAAUACACCAGUCAGAGGCUCCAUCAGACCAGUAACACCCGCAGUGGAGAACUUGAUCAAACAUUCAUGACAUAAUGUGAAUAAUACUGAUGUAAAAAAUGCAGAAGCACAUUCUGUCGUUUUUUUUAUUCUACAUGAAAAUACCUGGUUUCUUGUUAUAAUACCAGCCAAUAUUUUACAGUGAUUUUAAAGUAAAAAAAAAAAAAAAACAUUUUGUAAGAUUAUGUAUUUUGCAAAGUACUUUAAUGUUUAAUACAACUUUUUGUUGGCGAGUUAGGGUUGAGCUUGGGGAUUUUAUGGACAGUUUUUAAAGUUGAAUCUCUUCUGAAUCUGAAUAAUUGGUUUGUUUGUUUCGUUUGGAUCUCACAUAUAUUGUGUCUGUAUUUCGUUUUUAAAGUAUUUAUUUUAAGGCGGCCAUCACGUAAGCUUGAUUAACUAGAUGGCAAAAAUGUUUUAAUAUGUUGAUUGAUGAGUGCUUCUCAAUUUCUCUUUUAAAAUAAAAUACUAUCUAUUA